AUGGCAGAACAAUGUACCGUCAGCAUUGAAGAUAGCAAGCAGCAACAAGAGCAAUCCGCCAUCUCCCAUGAAGCUAGCAAUCCCGCAAGUCCUCUAACCAGUAUCAAAUCGCCCACGUGCGUUGCGGCAUCUGCGGCAAACAUUGUGACGACCAACGCUGACGACGAGAAACAACGCAGGGUGGAGGACGGUACGGAUGAUGGGACUAGUACACCAAGGACAACCUGCGAUCAUCGCUCUACCACCCCAAGCAGUGGUGUGACACCACUGUUGUUGGUUGGGGAUGACAACGAUGGCGUGAAGAAACCUUACUGGUUGUUUUCAUCCACCGAAGAACAUCGGAUACAGCAUCAACCGCAGCAUCAUCAUUCGUUACGCAUGGAUAGCCAUGGCAGCGAUGAUAUCGAUGGCAGCCUACGACAUGAACCGGAUCGACAGCAAUUGGAUUGCUCCAUCCUGCUGGAAACGCCCGCUCUUGAGCAUGUGAAGAUCAGCGAUGGUGCAGUGCGAAUGUCGAGCACCGAUGGCAUCAGCGAUGGAAGGAUCGGUGCAGGUAAGCUGGCGACAAUCAGCGACAAGUUGGCGGCAGUAAAACCAAAACGCCUCAGCGACGAAUUUUUCUCGGCGGACGAUGACAACGAUGACGAGGAAGAUGAAGACGAUGAAGAGCGUGAGGAGCAUACGAAAUCGAAUGGACAAAUCGUGCCCGAUCGAAAUACGAUGGUAGAUAGCGAGGCUCAGGCAAGCUUAAGUGAAAUAAAAAAUCUCAGUAUCACCUGCUGCGGGAAACGGAAAGAGUUCGAUAAAGAUGAUGUACGUGACGAAUGCGUAAAAGACAUCCGCAUACUUCCUUCCGGUUCAAAGGAUGUAGAACUGUUGUCUCGCGUUGUUGAAAGUCCGGAGAAGCCAAAGAUAUCGGCUUUCCGUGCCGAUAUUGAAAACACCAUCGAAGCUCCUCUGGAACACCAACAGCACGCUGCAGCCGACGAUGACGACGAAGAACUGCUUCUGGACGAUGUGCAAUCGAUGGACGCGAUCGAACGGCGUGAUUUCGAACAGGAGGGAGGUUUUUUGAUAAGAAACAGAUCACUGAUAUCUGGCGAUAGACUGAAUUUAGAAUUUUUAAAUAACACGAAUCCCCGUCCCCCGUCGAACGAGCGCACGCAUCCGGAACAAGAACCAUCAUCGGAGGACGGGUCAGCUGGAGCCCCAGCAUUAUGCUCAUCCUCCGAUCGAGCUGUCGAAGUUGUUCCAACGUCUUCUAUCUACUCCUCCGCAUCGGCGUGCGCUACUGCGUUGAACACUAGAACAUCCGCGCAACAUUCGACCACGCCGACGAGCAGUAGAUAUCAGCACAAGCAUGAUCCUCACCAUCACCAUCAUCAUCAUCACCACAACCAGCACCAUCAACAUCCUCGGGAUGGUAAAACGAUCGUAAACAGCACUGGUAGCGAUAGCUUUAGUAGUAGUUUUAAUAGGGAAACCGAGAACAAUAGUACAACCAAGUUCGCAGUUAAUAAGCUUACGAGGAACCUCUCCGCUAGUCUAGCUAAUUGCAACGAUAAAAAGCAUGAGCAGCAGGAUGUCGCUUCCGGCACUGGUACAGGGUCUAGCGUCACGCCACCUGUCACGUCCUCAUUUGCCACUUCUUCCUCGUCCGCUUCUUCCUCCUGCUCCUCUUCAAACUAUUCGCUGUACUCAGCAUCAGCUGCAGGACCGGGAGGUGAAUGUGUCCCAACCCUAACUGCAGAUGCACCAGCCCGAAAGGAAUGUAAACCGGAACUUGCCGAUGCCUUUUUGAAUACAAAUUCAAACGAUAGCGUAUCAUCGGAUCGUUCGCUGUUUGGCGUCCAUGCCACGGAAGAGGAAACGACAUUAACCGUAUCCGAUGUGCAAACGAAGGAGGAUACUCAUACGCAUCACGAUUCUUGUUCCACCACCUCCUCGACCGCGUCGUACUCGUCCUCUUCCUCGCCGUCCCCUUCACAAGCAACGACGGCACAGCACAACGACGAUGUGCCGAUGAUUAUUUGCUCCUCUUCAGUACUGCCCCCGACUGCAUCGCAUUCGGCCUCCUCAUCGGUUUCGUCCGCACACGAGGAAAACACCUCCGCGAAUAGUAAACCUUUGUGCGAUGGAGAUUUUAAUGUAGAAGAUCAUGAAGCGAAAGCAACCGCAACGAAAAACACAUCAGCUGAUCAUUCUUCAACGGCAGCUCCUUCUAGUUGUUCCGGACGAAGUACUAAGGAGGAUUCUCUUGAUACAAAUGGCAAACUAUCUUUCAGUUGUGCUUUUCCCAAGGAGAAUGGAAGAAUAUCCGGUGUAGAUGGAAAUAAGCAAUUGCUACCAUCAACUUCUGCCAACGGCAAUGUGCUACAGGAGGAACAAGAUGGCGCAUCGAAAGCUCGUGCCAGUGGCACAGAGCAACAGCCUCAGCUGCAUCAGCAGCACGCUCAACAUAACCAUCGACGUCAGUUUCAUCAUCAUCACCGUGCCGCUGGUACUGGUGAGGGAACGAUCGCUGCAUCUUCCACAUCCUCCGCAUCUCGCGUAGUAACAGCGAAUGGGUCGGUCCAAACUGGAGGAACAGUUGCUACAACACGAGAGUCUAUUCCUGUGCCGGAGGUUGUGGUGGCUCCGUCCUUCCAUCAGCAGCGCGAUGCCAGCACAAAUACAUCCAAUUCACCCGAAUCCAGCGAACCUGAGAUCGACGAAGAGGACUGGGCCGACUGUGAGGAAGGCACGGACGAAGAAGUGUGUACUUGCCGAGACUACACCGACGAGGAUGGAUUUGCUAGCAGUGAAGACGAACUGCCAUCACGAGAUGUCGAUCUCUCCAGCUAUACGCACCUGGACACGAUAUCGGACGAUCUGCUACAUGAUGCACAAACGCCUCGGCUCCAUCGCAAAAGGAAGUUGACGGAAAAUCGAACUAUACUCUAUGGCGAUAGCAACAGCCCAUCCGGCGAAUCGCUAAACUACACCAGCCGCAAGCGCCUAGCACUCGAUGGAUCGACCGUUACAGGCACGGCGUCAUCUACAGCUAACGGUAGCUCGUCACCUGGAUCCGCAACAUCCGGAACAGCGGCAAACACAACGGCAGCAUCAACUGGUGUAACACCUUUGUCCAAUAGCGGUGUAUCCACGACACCCCGAUCGUCUCUUCGAAGCCCAAUGAAUAUUAUAACUACACCAACUUCAUCCACGUUGGGAGAGCGUAAGACACCAAGAACCAUUAUACCGACCAAAGAUAAUCCUCCUCCAGAACUAAACGAAUGGUUGAUGCAAUUCCAGAGAUGGACGCACGUUGAACGGUUGUUAGCUGUGGAUCGUUUGAUCGAACACUGCGAACCAACACAGGUGCGCCACAUGAUGAAAGUCAUCGAGCCGCAGUUCCAACGAGACUUCAUCUCGCUUCUGCCAAAGGAGCUAGCGUUACAGGUACUGUCCUACCUGGAACCAAAGGAUCUUCUGCGGGCCGCCCAAACAUGUCGCAGCUGGCGCUUCCUGGCUGAUGACAACCUGCUGUGGAAGGAAAAGUGUAAAGAAAGCGGCAUUGGCAUCGAACCAUCAACGGAUCGUCCAAAACGAGGUCGCACCGGUAACAUGCCACCGAUAUCAUCGCCCUGGAAAGCGGCUUAUAUGCGCCAGCACAUCAUCGAAAUGAAUUGGCGCUCGCGACCAAUCCGAACGGCGAAGGUGCUGAAGGGUCAUGACGAUCAUGUCAUCACGUGCCUUCAAUUUUGCGGCAAUCGUAUCGUGUCCGGAUCCGACGACAAUACGCUCAAAGUUUGGUCCGCCAUCUCGGGGAAGUGCCUUCGAACGCUAACUGGCCAUACGGGAGGUGUGUGGUCAUCACAAAUGUCGGGCAACAUCAUCAUCUCCGGUAGUACUGAUCGCACUUUACGCGUCUGGAAGGCUGACACCGGACAGUGCAUGCACAUACUUCAUGGUCACACUUCGACUGUGCGCUGUAUGCACCUGCACGGCAACAAAGUCGUUAGUGGUUCGCGAGACGCAACGUUGCGCGUCUGGGAUGUGAAUUUAGGUACAUGUUUGCACAUGUUGGUGGGUCAUCUGGCUGCCGUGCGUUGUGUUCAGUACGAUGGUAAGCUGAUUGUUUCCGGUGCCUACGACUACAUGGUGAAAGUAUGGAACCCAGAGCGUCAGGAAUGUCUGCACACGUUGCAGGGACACACAAACCGUGUGUACUCACUGCAGUUUGACGGUAUCCAUGUUGUUUCCGGUUCGCUGGAUACUUCGAUACGCGUAUGGGAUGCUGAAACAGGCUCCUGCAAACACGCACUAAUGGGACACCAGAGCCUCACUUCGGGAAUGGAGCUUCGACAGAACAUUCUCGUGUCUGGUAAUGCUGAUUCCACCGUCAAGGUUUGGGACAUCAUUACCGGCCAAUGCCUGCAGACACUUUCAGGACCCAACAAGCAUCAAUCUGCUGUCACCUGUCUGCAGUUUAACUCUCGUUUCGUCAUCACCAGUUCCGACGAUGGUACCGUGAAGUUGUGGGAUGUUAAGACUGGUGAAUUUAUCCGCAAUCUAGUGGCACUAGAAUCGGGCGGUUCCGGUGGUGUUGUUUGGCGUAUCCGUGCAAACGAUACCAAACUUAUAUGUGCUGUUGGGUCACGCAAUGGUACGGAGGAAACCAAACUGAUGGUUCUCGAUUUCGACGUAGAAGGUGCCUGCUUGAAAUGCUCAUAA